AUGGCAUCGAAAUCAGAGCCUCUUCCUGCUAAAAUGCCUGUAGCACUAGUGGACCAAGAAGAAGCGCUUCAAAACACAGGAGAGAGUAACACGACCUCGUAUCUCAAAGCGAAAGAAGAUGGCCUAGCAUUCUGGACGGAGCACACCAAACCGGUUCUCACCUCUCUUCUCAAAUCCGUUGGAGAUUACACUCCCGAACAACAAGCUGCUCAUCUUGAGUUCCUUGACAACUAUAUCAUCCCGAGCAUGGGGCGUGCGCCUGAAAAGUACCGUGCAAGAUCACUCCUGACCCCAAAUGGCUCACCAUUCGAAACCAGUCUCAACAAUAGUGACAGCGGCAAGUCAUACGUGCGCUUCUGCUACGAACCUGUGUUUCCAGGCUCAGAUGGUGUCACUGAAGAUCCCAUUCCAAGAAUUGCCGAGAAGACAGGUGCUGAUCUCCGCUGGUUCAAUCAAUUUGCUGCCGAGUUCUACCCGUCGGAGGAAGAUGCUGUGACUCUGGCGGAGAAGAUGCCAAAGGAUACUAUUCGCAUACCCAAGGUGUUUCUGGCCUUUGACCUCAAAGAUGACAAGCAGACUAUGAAGGCAUAUUUCUACCCUGUUAUCAAGUGGAUGACAGCAAAGCAGAACUCGGACAGAGCUGGGUUUGACCUCAUCCGACGACUUGAUCCCCUCGGUCCAUCGUUUGGACCUGCCAUCGACACGAUCGAGAAGUACCAGAGCAAGCUGUAUCAAGAUCCACCACUUACUGUGGUCAUUGGUAUCGACUGCAUAAGUCCCGAAGAAGGCCCCCGAGUCAAGAUCUACAUCGAACCUCAGUCCAACACCUGGGAAGCAGUUGUACAACAUGUCACCCUAGGAGGCCAAGUAACAGACAAAAUGACAAUGGAUGGUCUAGCAAUUCUUCGCGAUAUGUGGCAUAUCCUCAUAAACGAGCCAGAGGACAAGGAGUUUGAUGAGAAGUUCUCAAAGAGAAUAUUAGAAGACAAGCCAGAUGUUAGUGGAGCAUGCUUCAGCUGGGAACUCAAGCCUGGCCAGGACGUCCCUGACGUCAAGAUUUAUGUCCCUUUGAAUCAGUACUUCAAGAAUGACAAGUAUGCUACCGAAGCAAUGGAGAAAGUGUUUAGGAAGAGAGGAUGGGCCUGGGGCAUAGAGGGCACAUACAAGAAGAUUGUGUCGGAUGCAUAUGGGAGCGAUGUUGUCGACGAUAUGGUUGAGACGCCAACUGAGCAUACCUUUGUCUCAUUCAACUUCUCCCAGAAGAAGGGGGCGUACAUGACAACAUAUGUGGCACCAUUUGUGAGGUUUCCUUAA